AUGGCGUUUCAACCAGUAAAUCCAAAACCUUUUUUACAAGAAUUAACAGGUAAACCUGUUAUGGUACGUUUGAAAUGGGGCAUGGAAUAUAAAGGGUACUUAAUGUCAGUUGAUUCUUAUAUGAAUAUACAACUUGCUAACACAGAAGAAUUUAUCGAUGGCAAUUCAACUGGUGCACUUGGAAUUGAAGAGGAUACAGAAAUGAGUGGUGGAACGUAA